UCCUCGUUCGUGCAGCUCGCGGACCCCAACGGCCGAACUCCAAGAUGGUUCAUGCUGAGCGCUGGACCCUGAAGAAGCACUUCGAAGGCAGUCCUACCGAUAGUAACUUUGAAUUGAAGACAGUUGAGCUCCCACCCUUAAAAAAUGGAGAGGUGCUGCUGGAAGCCUUGUUUCUCACUGUGGAUCCUUACAUGAGAGUGGCAAGCAAAAACUUAAAGGAGGGUGAUCCAAUGAUGGGGCAGCAAGUGGCCAGAGUCCUGGAAAGUAAGAACUCCACCUUUCCAACUGGUACUAUUGUUGUGGCUUCUUCCGGCUGGACAAGUCACUCCAUUUCUGAUGGGAAAAAUCUGGAAAAAGUGACCGCAGACUGGCCAGAAAAGUUGCCACUAUCUCUGACCCUGGGAACUGUGGGCAUGACAGGCCUAACAGCUUACUUUGGCCUUCUUGACAUCUGUGGUGCCAAGAGUGGACAGACGGUGUUGGUGAACGCGGCUGCGGGAGCAGUGGGCUCCGUUGUGGGCCAAAUAGCAAAACUCAAGGGUUGCAAGGUUGUUGGAGCGGCAGGAUCUGAUGAAAAGGUUGCCUAUCUUAAAAAGCUUGGAUUUGAUGUUGCCUUUAACUAUAAGACAGUAGGAUCUUUGGCAGAAACUUUGAAGAAGGCCUCUCCUGAUGGUUAUGAUUGUUAUUUUGACAAUGUAGGUGGAGAGUUUUCAAAUGUUGUUAUUCCCCAGAUGAAGGUAUUUGGAAGAAUUGCUAUAUGUGGGGCCAUCUCUACAUAUAAUCGCACCAGUCAGCCUCCUCCAGGUCCACCCCCAGAGGCCAUUAUCUAUCGGCAGCUCCGCAUGGAAGGGUUCAUCGUCACUCGCUGGCAAGGAGAGGUUCGCCAGAAGGCUCUGCAAGACCUGCUGACAUGGGUCUCUGAGGGUAAAAUCCAGUACCACGAAUAUGUCACUGAAGGAUUUGAAAACAUGCCAGCUGCAUUCAUGGGAAUGCUGAAAGGAGAUAAUACAGGGAAAACCAUUGUGAAAGUAUGAGAAAAUAAUACAUGAGAUUUUGAGAUCUUUUGUUUUCCUUUUUAACCUUUUAGAAAAAUGUCUACUGUUUCAUUAUGGAAGAAAUAGUCAUUGUAAUGAAAUUGA